CUCUCUUUUUCCCAUUUAUUUGAUUUGUCAAAACUGAAAAUGGCCCAGAAAAAUUUUGUUGAACUUACCCGUACUAAUGACAAGAUGCCCCUGGUUGGUUUCGGCUGCUGGAAGGUUGAUCAAAAGGAUGCCGAAGAAACCAUCUACAACGCUAUCAAAGUCGGAUACCGUCUUAUUGACGGUGCCUGCGACUAUGGCAACGAGGUCGAGGUCGGUCGUGGUAUCCGCAAAGCCAUCGCUGAUGGCAUCGUGAAGCGUGAGGAAAUCUUCGUCACCACCAAAUUAUGGAAUACCUACCAUAACAAGGCCAACGUCCGUCCUGCUUUUGACAAGCAGCUGGCUGAUCUUGGUUUGGACUAUGUCGAUCUGUACUUGAUUCAUUUCCCUAUUCCUUUGCAGCACGUCGAACAUGAUGUGUGCUAUCCUCCUGGCUGGGUCCAUCCUACCAAGACGAGCGGCAUUCUCUUGGAGGCCUCUCCCAUGCAAGACUGCUGGCGCGAAAUGGAGAAGAUUGCCGAAGCCGGACUUGCUCGUAACAUUGGUAUUUCCAACUUUAACGUCCAGUUAAUUUUGGAUCUUUUGACCUAUGCCAAGAUUAAGCCCGCUGUCCUCCAAAUUGAAUUGCAUCCUUAUCUUCAGCAGAAACGUUUGGUUGAAUGGGUCCAGUCCCAGGGUAUUGCUGUUACUGCUUAUUCCUCAUUCGGACCUGCUUCAUUUGCCCAGCUCACGGACGAUGGACGCAAUGCCAAGCCUUUGUUGGACCAUGAGGUGAUUCAGGCUAUUGCGAAGAAGCACGAUAAGACCACCGCACAGGUCUUGUUGCGUUGGUCCGUUGAACGCAAUGUCGCUGUCAUCCCCAAGAGUAUGCAUGUUGAACGCAUGACCACUAACCGUGACUUGUUCUCCUGGUCUCUGGGUGCCGAUGAUAUCAAGGAUAUCACGGCCCUGGAAAUGGGUUUAAGAUUCAACAACCCUGAUUCUUACGGCAUGGCACUUCCUCUUUUCGCUUAAAUUAUCACCCGGCAACAUGUCACUUUCAAUACGGGCAAAAAGCAAUAAAGAAAUCAGAAAAUUUAUAUGACAUGUA